AUAUUUCUUUAAUACAAAAAAUAUUUUUUCAACCAGAAUUUUAACCAGAAUUUUUUUACGGUAAUUUUAAAAAAAAAACGAGAAUUAUUAUAUUAACAAACCAUUCUCAUACGAAAUAAUUAGUUUCAAAAUGCACCAAUUUUUAUCAAAAACAAUGCCAGUUAGCGUAUCACGCAAAGCUUUAGAAGAACUUAAUAGUAAUAACAAUAACAAUAAUCAUGCACAAACGCUUUCUUCUUCACAUAUAUCAUGUUUUUCUUCACAUUCAUUAUCGCCUGAACCAUCGUUCGAAGGUGAUCAUUCAUCAUUAUAUAGACAACCAACAUUCUCUUAUAUUCCAAUACAUAAACGAAGACGUUCCGCUCUAUUCUCACGUCCAUUGUCAUUAAAUUCAAUGUCAAGUCAACAUUCUUCUUCUACUUCUUCUUCAUUAGCAACAACUACUUUAUCAUCUUCACCCGACGAUGUUCCUUCAACUCCAACUUCUUUUUGUUCUUCAAGUUCAGAUCAAUCAAUAGAAUAUACGAGUUUUCCUAAUUUGGAAAAGUUUUCAGACGAAUGUUGGACUGAAAUUCGUGUGGAGAAGAAAGAUAACAUAAGCGAUAUGGAAAUGGAAUCUUAUGAUGAGAUGUUUGUCGCUGGUGUACGUUUUCAAUAUUCUUAAAAACGUACAGUUUUUCAUUUUAUGGGCUUUUCUAGCGUUUCAAAAUGUUAUAAUUGACUUAUGGACUCGCUGGAAUUGCUCAUUCAAAAAUUUUCGUUAGACUUGGAAUAAAAAAUUCCUUUUUUUUCUAAUAUUAUAAUAGAUAAAUAAUACUAGUCUAAUUAGUAGUCUAAUUGUCCUGUAAUAAUGAUACAUUUUAAAUAAUGGAUUAGUUGAUUUCGGGAUUUAUAUACAUACACUGCAUAUUUUUUUACAAAAAGUAUUUUACAAAAACCACAAAAAGUAUUUAAAAUUUUUUUUUUCGCAUUUUUAUUAUUUUUUUUUUUUUCCUCUUUCAUCUUGUACAUUUUUUUUUACACGCACUUUUUUUUUCAUUCAU